GAAAAAUAAUAAUUAGCUUACUUGCUGUUGAAAAAAAUUUUGAAUAAAAGGCGUAGAAUUCUGUCUGACAACAACAUAUCUCACAUUCGAAGGAAAAAUAUGCCAACAAAAUGAGGGAGUAGCUAUUGGAUCACCUAUCUCACCAAUUAUAGCUGACAUAUUCAUGGAUUAUUGAGGGGAGAAUGCCCUUAAACCAUUCAGAUCAUCACUAAAAUGUUGGUGGAGAUAUGUAGACGACACACUGUUAAUAGUGAGAAAAAACUAUACUGAGAAACUUUUCUCACACAUAAACAGACACGUGGACUCAAUAAAAUUCACUAUGGAAUUAGAGAAUGAAAUUGGAGAACUGCCCAAGUUAGACUGCAAACUACAAAGAAUGACAGAUGGUAGCAUGAAAACAACGAUAUAUAAAAAAGCCACACAUUCUGGAAGAUUCCUUGAUUAUCACUCAGCUCAUCCACUCUCGGUAAAACGAGGAUUAAUACAAGGUCUUGCAGAUAGAAUACGUAGACUUAUAACAACACCAGAGGACCAGCGUAAAGAAAUAAAAGUCCUAUUCAAAAUGCUACUCGAAAACAACUACCCUAAAGAAUUUAUAAAAGAUAAUAUAAAAAAGAGAAAAAUGAGGGUAAAACCGGAGAAUAACAAGAUAGAAGAAUACAAAAAACAGUCACAAUACCGUAUGAAAAUGAACAUCAGAGGCAAUUCAAGAAACCUCAAAAAUAUCGACAUUCGGACAACGUUUAAACAAACGAAUCUCAUCAAAAAUAAAAUAAAUCCACUGAAAGAUCCCAUAAAAAUGAUGGAUAAAAAAAUUUGAUUUACAAAGUAUCUUGUACUAACUGUCCGACGAAAUAUGAUGGGCAAACGUCCAGAUCACUCAAAAUAAGAGUGACUGAACAUAAACGUCUAACCAAAGGUCAACCAACAGGGACACAAGCUUACAAAAACUUGAGAAAAAUUCAUCGAUAGCUGCACAUGCAUGGGACAA